AUGACAGUUGGAUACAUGAAAGAUGUUGCAACUGCAACUUCAUUCACAUUUCUUCGACUUUUAUUCCGAUGGCGUGGAAGUGUUUGGAAAGCGAUUUAUUGGGAGCUCUUUCUAUGGUUAUUUCUUUUUGUCAAUAUUCGAACAAUUUAUGAGUUUCUUUUAUUUAAUACCGAAAAUGGAAAAAUAUUCGAGCAAAUUGUGAUGAGAUGUAGAUCUGUAAGUUUUACCUAAAAAGUAAUGGGGUGAUUCAGGUUGAAAAAAAAUAAUAAAAAAACAUUUUUUGACAAAAAAAUUCGAUUCAGCAAAUGUCAAAAAACUAUAUUUUUUUCCUAUUUUUUGACAUUUUUUUUCAUUGAAACAUUUUCGCUGCGAGAUAUUUUUCAUUUUUGUGUGGAAAAAAAUGUCAAAAAAUAGGAAAAAAAUACAAUUUUUUGACAUUUGCUGAAUCGAAAUUUUUUGUCAAAAAAUGUUUUUUUAUUAUUUUUUUUUCAACCUGAAUCACCCCAUAAGGGGCUUAAACAUUUUUCAAAAAAACUAUGAGUAUUAUUAAAAUUGUUCUGGGGUACUGUGGGAAAUGUAGAUUCAGCCUCACCCAAAAUUCUCAAGGAUUACUGUAUGACAAUUUCAGAUAACUUCACAAAGUCGUACUGUAAUCACAUUUGCCCUUGGAUUUUAUGUGAGUUUUGUGACAAAUCGAUGGUGGAAUGUUUUUAUGACAAUUCCAUGGCCAGAUACAACAGCUCUUCAAUUAACUGCAUUUCUUCGAAGUCGUGGAAAAAAGUUUGAACAAGAAGAUCGAACUGAAAGACAAACUAUCAUGAGAUAUUUGAUUUUAUCAUAUGUUUUGGUUUUUCGUGAUGUUAGUAUUCGAAUCAAGAAAAGAUUUCCAACUUAUGAUCAUUUGACACCAACAUUAAUGACAUUAGAAGAACGACAGAAAUUGGAGAAAACAAAAGAAAGUAGACAUUGGGUUCCAAUUGAAUGGGCUUUACUUAUUUUGAAAGAUGCAGAAAAAAGAGGAUGUAUUGAUUCAUAUCAUUUGGCUGAAGUUACAACGGUUAGUGUUUUAGAAAUUGAAAGAUAGCUCCAAAGGUUGGAUAUUUUUAUUUUAAAAAAAAACUUUUGAAGAGGUUACUGUAAAAAUUUUAUGGAAUAAUUAUUUUGAAAAAAUUCCAGUCGAUUCUGCAAUAUCGCCAACGACUUCACGAUAUUUUAUCAUAUGAUUGGAUAAGUGUUCCAUUAGUUUAUGUUCAAGCUGUAAAUAUCUGCACAAUCUGCUAUUUUCUAAUUCUAUGUUUCUCGUCGCAAGGAAUUAAUGCAGAUGCAACUGAAAAAUUGUAUCAUAGUAUUAUACCAAUUCAUGCUGUUGUUGAAUUUGUUGUUUUCAAUGGUUGGCUCAAAACUGCAUUUGUUAUGUUGAAUCCAUUUGGUUUGGAUGAUGAUGAUUUUGAGAUGGAUAUAUUGAUUGAACGAAAUUUGAUGAUUUCGCUAUGUUAUGUUAAUGAUUUCUUUGAUAAACCACCGAGAUUGAUUAAUAUGACUGUUAAACUUCCGCAUACUAUUGUGAGUUUUUUGUCUGCAAUUUUAAUGAAAAAAAAACGCGUCGACAUUUUUUGUGAUUUUCCGUAGUUAUUUAUUUACCCCUGAAAGUUUAAACACCAAAAAUUAUUGAGAGUUGUUUUAUUUUCCUUUUCCAGCAAUCAGCUGCAAUUCUGUCAAAAGCCAACCCAAUGCAUGGUUCAGCAGUUCCUGUUAAAGUUCCAAAACAACAACAAAAAUUGUUGAAUAUGAAACAGACAAAUAUGAUGACUAAAAUGAUGGCUCCACGAGCUUCUACUACCAAUCUUAUGCCAAAGGUUAAAUUUGAUGCGAUGGAAGGUAAGAAAUGGAUAUUAUCCACAUUCUCAAAAAUCAAUUACACAAUUAAUUGACAGAUCCAAAUGUUGAGAGGAUUCCACGUGGACCUGAUAUAUCGAAAAAAGAAAUUGACGCGAAAGAAAGUCAUAUUUUCAAAAAGGAAGAUUUGGAAAAAGUGGUUUUGAAGUUACUUGAAAAAAAGUUGGGCGAUGAUAAAGUGGAGGACAAAUUGAUAAGUCAAAGAACACAAUCAUUAUCAUUGGAAGAACCAACACAAGAUGAAACAAUUCCAUUGUCAAAUCCGAUUACAAAACCGGGAACAGGAGGAGGAGGAGCGGAUAAAAAAGGAGGCGAUAAAAUAUCGGUAGGGUUGAAAAAUAAUAUUGAGAUCUUUGAUUGGGGAGUUUUAGGAAGGGGGAGGUGAUCAUAGCUUUUGAUAUACGGGGGCUUACUGUAGUUAUGUGAAAAGUUUUGAAAUUAAAAAAGCAUCUUUAAGUUACUGUAGCUUACUCUAGUUUUUCUUAAAAAUUGAAAUAGAAGGAUUACUGUCAGAAAUUUAGAAAGACCUUUGUAGAUGUGGAUGAGUUAUGAUAACUUGAACAGAUUACUGUAGAUCCAAAUUUAUUAAAUGAACUGUUAUUCACUGUAGUUUCUUUAAGAUCUUUUACAAUUUUUUUAAUUUGGGCUUCUUCCAUUUACUACAUUUUUUUUUUUGAUUUUUCAUCCUUAAUUUCACUCCUUCUUUUUUUCAAAAAAGUUCCAAUUUAUUUUCAGCGAGAAAAAGUCCCAACUAAACAUACUCCAAAACAAACAAGUACAAUGUCAAAAGUCGAGCCCAAAAUCAGUUCGAGACAAAAUUCCGAUAAAAAGAACAGUUCGAGAAGAAAAGUUAAAAAAGAGCCGAGUACGGAGAAAAUUGAGCCAACACAAUUAGAUUAA